GGAAGUUUUUCCUUCCUUGUCACUGGAAGAUCUCACACUUCACCUCUUCUACCGAGUGAUAAACAUGACCGAAAUACAAAAGUAAGAUGCUGAGUCCAAAGAGUCAAAAGAACGUCAGUGAAGAGGACAGCUCUGGAUCUGAUGCAGGGUCAGAGGUCGGCCCUGAACCUGAGACUGACCGCUUUGGCUUCAUUCUGACUAAUGGAUCCACAGCGGGGACUGUGGGCCCACCCCCUGAGUUGGUCCGGCAGAGGGAGACCAAGUGGAUAAAUAUCAUCAGCCAAUGGGAUCGCAUCUUGUUGAAGAAGACCAGUAAGGUCAAAGUGCAGUGUCAGAAAGGCAUCCCAGCCUCACUCAGAGCUAAGUGCUGGCCUCUGUUGUGUGGAGCCACUGACAAGAUGAAACAAACCGAAAACCUCUACCAGACCCUGGACUCGCAGCCGGCUCUGCAGAGCUGGGUGGAUGUGAUCGAGAGAGACCUGGACCGACAGUUCCCUUUCCAUGAAAUGUUCCUCUCCAAGGAUGGACACGGGCAGCGUGGUUUGUUCCGGGUGUUGAAAGCCUACACUCAGCACAAACCAGAAGAGGGUUACUGCCAGGCUCAGGGGCCUGUGGCUGCGGUGCUGCUGAUGAACAUGCCUGCUGAGGAGGCCUUCUGGUGUCUGGUGCAGAUCAGUGAUCAGUACCUGCCUGGAUAUUACAGCCCUCUGCUGGAGGGAGUCCUGUUUGAUGCGGCCAUGCUGACCUGGGUGUUGAAGAGGACGUGUCCAGCUGCUCACAAACACCUGCAGUACCACGGGGUGGAGCCCCUCAUGUUCGCCACGGACUGGCUGAUGUGUCUCUUUACACGUCACCUGCCCUUCAACACACUGCUCCGAGUCUGGGACCUUUUCUUCUGCCAUGGGGUGCGGGUGCUGCUCCAGGUGGCGGUGGUCCUGGUGCGGCGGGUGCUGGGCCGGGCCGAGCAGAGGAAGCAGUGCCCGGGUCAGAUGGAGACCCUGGAGAGGCUGAGGGGCGUCAGGGAGGAGGUCCAGGAGGAAGAUGAUCCUUUCAUUGCAGAGGUGUGCUCGGUGCAGCUCUCAGCAAGAGAUCUGGAGAAGCAGACGGAGAAGGAGUUGAAAAAGUGGAGGACUGACAGACCCUCAUCCACUUUUGACCCCAGAGGUCGCUGCCAGGGAUACAGGAUGGCGUGGGCGAGUGGGCGACUGAACGAGGAAGAGCGGGACAUGAAAGAGAGAGCGAAAGGAAACCUGUCCGUCCCUCUUGCUCGCUCUGCCUCCACUCUCUCGCUCUCUCCCGCCCUCCUUAGCAAGAGGUGGGGUAGAGGGGCAAAGACGAACACACGUGAAUGGGAAAGUGGGGGCAAAGUUGUGAGGCAUCUCUCAAUGGGAGCAAAGGAGGACUGCAGGAGCUGGGCUGAGCUCAAAUUCAAAAAGGUGCAGGGCGUACAGGAAGAGGAGGACACGGUGUUCGAGGAACCAAACAAACUGACAGGAAGUACUGAACAGAAAAAACUCCCAGAAGAGCCUGAAAAGAUAGAAAUCAGAAACAUGCCAACAGAGCAUGUAGAAGAAACAGUCAUAAAAGAACAAGUGGAAAUCGCUGAAAAGGAGGAAACAGAAAUCAAAGAGACAGAGGAGAGCGAAAUGUUUUCUGAACAGAUGGAAGAAACAACAGUGGAAACAGAUCAAACCAAAGAUCAGACUGUUGAAGAUAUUCUUCAUCCAGCUGAACAGAAACAGGGAGAGGAGCUGGACUCUGACAGCCACUCACAAGUCCUGGAGCAGCAGAGUCAUGAAAGCAAGCAGCUGGAAAUUGAGGUGAAGGAAACAAAUGACGAGACAGAAAAACCAGUGGAAGAAAUCGAACAUACAGAGGAAAAUCUGACUGAGAUACAGAAAGAUGCUGAUGAAGAUACAAUCACAGAGGAAGAGACGCAAGGAAGUCUGUACCCAGGCGAGGAACAGAUGAUUCAGGCUGACGUGAAACCACAGGAGAGCACAGAAUCUGAGCGCCAGAUGCAGGAGGACACAGAGAUAAAGAGUGAAGAUGAAGCUUCAACAGUAGAGACAGUGACACAACAACAAGAAGUGAUCACAGAGACAGACAUCAGCUCACAGGGAGAUGCACGUGAAGGGAAAUACCACAACACCGAGUCAUUAGCAGAGACACACAAUCAAGAAGAGUCCCACACCCAAACAGAGACACACACUGAAGAACAGGCGCAGAGUCAAGAGGGAAAUGCAGCCACACAGGGAUUAGAGGCUGAAAAGGUACAAAACGAUUCAGUACAACACAUAGAUUCAAAGACUGAAGAAGAAACAGUAAUAUCAUGUUCCCCUGACUGCAUGCAACCAACAGAAGGCACUGACGUGUUAGCUGAAACAGACACUGAGGAAGAAAUAGCAGGUGCAAACGAAAUAGUGAUGGAGUCAAGUGAAGGAUUGGAGAAAGAGUGUGAUGCAGAAUGUACACAGGAGGAAGAGGAAAGCUGUUUGAUGGCAAACUCAGAGGCGCAGGUUGACAAUGAUCUGACACAAGCAGGAGAAACACAAACAGAGACUACUGACUCUAAAGAACCUUUUGAGGCUGAGACUCUCCCCGUUGAGCCUGAUUGGAAGUUGAGUCCAGAAGAAACGAGUCCCUCAGAGGAACCUGCACCUGAACAGCCAGAGAUCCAGGUCGCUAUGGGUCCCGUGGAGGAGGAAGGAAGUCCAGAAGAAACUAGUCCAGAAGAGGAACCUGAACAGCCAGAGAUCCAGGUCGCUAUGGGCGCCGUGGAGGAGGAAGGAAGUCCAGAAGAAACUAGUCCCUCAGAGGAACCUGAACAGCCAGAGAUCCAGGUCGCUAUAGGCGCCGUGGAGCAGGAAGGAAGUCCAGAAUCUGUCCAUGAAAACACUGUAGGAGAGGACGACGUCUUCCUUUCGACUAAACCUAUAGACCGUUCUAAUAUCAAGAGCAUCUCACAAGUCCGCGAUUGUCACCCCGUGAAAGAGCAGACUGAGCCGGGUAAUAGUGGCGGGACAGAAGCCUCGGGGAAUCGCAGCAGCAAUACUUCUGGGGAUUUGUGCGUCCGCAAGGCGUCGAGUUCUCGAGGUCCCAGGUUAGCCCGAAGGCUCUCUGAAGACCUCUUCAUCAUGCCAGAGAAAACAAGCCAAUCAAAGCUUACUCCUCGUAAACCAGAAGCAAAAGACAGUGCUGCAAACACAACCCAAAAUACUCUGUCUGCAGCGACUGAGAGGGCAGUGGUACAGCCGCUGCCCGACCCCCCUAAACGCUUUGGUCUCUUCCGCAGACUGAGAGGAGAGCAGCCAAAAAAGGCACCCAAACUGCAAGUCCCCAAAAUCUUGAUCCAGGACUUCAGUGACGGAGCAGGGCUGGAGACACCUGUAGAGGAAGAAGAGGAGGGUCAACUGAGCUCCAGGGAGAGGAGGAGGAGGCGGAGGGAGCAAGAGAGAAGGGAGAAAGACGAGGAGAGAACAGACAUUGGAUGA